CUACAUGCUUAUUAACGUGAUAUUGCACGCGCGUUGACUUGACUUUGUGCUCGACCGUGAUUACUCGAAUCUUUGGUGUGUUGGUGCAUCAGUGAACAUUGAAGCUGUUAUUUUCGAAGCAUUGAAUAUAACGAGAGAGCGCCAACUACGUUUUUCGAUUUACGUAUCUCGGACCGUAGAAAUAAGAAGACAGAAAAAGUCAUCAAAGUAUCAAGACAAUUACGCGCCCGUUUGAACGACACAUCUUCCAGCAGUGAAACAUGUUCUUAUUUCAAUGGUUAUCUGGAGUCCUGGACUUCCUAGGCUUGUGGAAGAAGAAUGGAAAGCUAUUGUUUCUCGGCCUGGACAAUGCUGGCAAAACGACUCUUCUUCAUAUGUUGAAGGACGACCGAUUGGCACAACAUGUCCCUACACUGCAUCCAACAUCGGAAGAGCUGUCCAUCGGUAAUAUUAGUUUCACGACGUUUGACCUUGGUGGUCAUACGCAAGCACGAAGAGUUUGGAAGGAUUAUUUUCCAGCUGUAGAUGCUAUAGUAUUUUUGGUUGACGCUAGCGACAGAAGCCGAUUAGGAGAAUCGAAAGCCGAGUUAGAUGCCCUAUUCUCGGAUGAGCAACUAAGUUCCUCUCCCGUACUCAUCUUAGGCAAUAAAAUUGAUAAGCCAGGUGCAGCGUCCGAGGACGAACUUAGACAGUGCUUCAAACUUCAUGGACAAACGACCGGAAAGGGAAAUAUUCCUCGUGCAGAUAUUCCCGGUCGCCCUCUCGAAUUGUUCAUGUGCUCAGUUUUGAAGAGACAAGGUUACGGGGAAGGCUUCCGCUGGCUCGCCCAGUACAUUGACUGAACCCACGUAAUUAACAUUAAACAAAAAAGUUCAAAAACAACAUCAACAACAACAAAACAAUAUAAAUACAUAUACAUACACCUUUUUCGACGAUCGACAAAUUGUCUAAUAAUUUUCGUCGAUGCGGUUCAUUUUCGUACGCGAGGAUAUUAUCGAGUGGUCGAAAAAUCGCUCGUUCGUAAAUACAAAAGAGGUAUCUUGAAUCUGAUGUCCAAUAGGAAUGACUGUUUUGACAUUAACAUCCAUAUAGGAUUCGUAUCAUCGAGAACAGUAAUUCCGGACGGAAAGAAAAAAAUAAACUGGGUUGCCGAAAGUUCUGUUGAUAAUCUCAUGUAUAACAUUGCUUCAAGACACUGCGACGACGUAUACACAGAAGGGAUUAAAAAAAUUUUGAUAAAUAAAAAUCACGAAAUAAAAAUGAUUCGUUAAGAACA